CGUCUCGGUUAUGGACCAUUUAAUGUUGGCGAAACGGAUACGCUUGUUGGUCGCGAUGGUAAACCAUUGGUUCAAGACGAACGUACAAGGUUACUAGAAGAUGAAAUAUCACCUGACGGUUACGGAAAUAUAGUAUCUAAUGAUGUCAUAGUGGAAGAACCUUGA